GUGUUACGUAAAUAAUGUCUUUUAAGCUGAGAGCUGCCAGAAAAAAAUUCGUUGUGCUAUGCAUAAUUACAAAGAUCCUUGACUUGACUUUAAAGACAUAAUGCAAAACUGCUUUUUAUCAGAGCUCUUCACACCUGGUGUAUUCGUGAGGCUAGGUGUGCGCAUCAUUUUAUACAAGUGAAGUAUUCAUAUGACAUAUCACUGUUGGCAUAUGGUUACUUGUUGUGAACAAGUCUGGGCAGCAGGUAGUCUUGCUCAAGAGACUAUCUAUCCUGAGCUAUAGUAAUUGUGUUACUGACACUGACCUGUGACCUCCCCGUGAAGACAGCCCAGGAGUGGACAUUUGUUCCUCACAAAACUCAAUAUGCUACUAUAUUAUUAUGACCAGUAUAUUAAUGGUUUAUAUCCACCAGAAAAGCUUUUGAUAUAACUAGCAUCUAGUUUAACAGGAUGUGCUAAAGUUUCCUUUCAUGUAAAACAUACAGUGGCACAAAAUUAGCUAAGCCAGUCACUGCCACAAACACAGUUUGGCAAGGCAAGUUUAUUUCUAUAGCACAUUUUCAUAUACAAAGGCAAAAGUGCUUGACACAAUGCGCACAAAUAGAUAAAAUAAAAUGUGAACAUCCGUGUCUAUACAGUCUGCUAAACAGUCCUAUAACAACUGCAGUAGACUGAAUUCUCAUUAUACUUUUGACACCGUGGAGUCAUAUGGCCACUGAGUAAUGGACGAAAAAUACUGUGAAAGCAGAUUAAAUGUAAAAUUGAGUGGAAUUAAGAUAACUGAAAGUAGCAGACGGUUACAAUUUACAUAUUAACUAGAGGAUUUGUUAGUGUAAAACCGUUCCAUAAUUCAAAUGUGAACCUCGCCUAACAACACCUAACAGCUCGUGUCUAACAGUAGAACCAGGGACAGGGUCUGUAGCUGACAAUGUUAGGAGACUGUUUUUGUUCCACAGAAAACAAAUAGGGUACAUUUUAGUCCAGUAUGCAGCUUUCAAACAAACAUUAUAGUACUAGUCAACAUAUAAUUCUUCAAAUGAUAUUGAUCACACCCUUGCAAUGUCUGUAAAUGGAGAUGCAACAGUUAAAGUGCAAAGUUUAACUUUUCAGUUAUUAUAUGGUGCUUGUACUGUAGACCCUUCUGCCAUUCAUUUGCCAACAAAUUAAAUAUUCAGUGAUUUAAAUUUUUUUUUAAAUAUAUAUACUGUAUAUUGCUAGAAUAGUAGUUGUCUGUGUAUGAUAAACUGUGAAUAAAUGUUGACGAGAUUACAAAUGAAAGCUUUGUUUUUGUUAUUGGGGCAAGACAACCUUCCUCAGGACUUCACCUGGAUGUGGUGAAAGGAGACAAGCUAGUGGAGCACACAGAACUUUCCUGAGAUAAAUACUUCUGGAACCACACAAGCCCCAGCAGGUUCCAGCAGACUCCUCCAUGUCGGCAUCUACACACGUCUACAUUCUCGGGGAAAAGCCCCAGACUCAAGGCAGCAUUGAAGAGGAGGGAUUGCCUGAGACGGAGCUCGAUAACCUGACGGAGUCCAACACCACCCACAAUAAGCACAUCUCCAGCCUUACCAUUGAGGAGGGCGAUCUCGACAUUCAGAGGCCCAAGAGAAGGAGGAGUUCCCACGUGUCCUUCAGUGAUGAAGAGGAAAUCAUCAAUCUAGAGGAUGUUGAACCCUCAGUUGGAUGCUUCAGGAACAUGAUUCAGACAGCAUUUGUCCCAAAAAAGAAAAAGAAGACACAAGAUCACAGCUCAUUGGGACUGGAGGCUGCUGUGUGUGGGAUGCAUGGCCUACCAGUCAGUGGAAGUCUGUAUGGGGACCUUCCUCCAACCAGCCACGAAGGAGCGACCCACCACCACACUGCAUCACAGGGACCAGCAGCCAUCCUGGGAGGGUUGCCUGUGCCUCUCCCUAACCUUGAUCCUGACAUGGAUGUGACACCAACCUUAGCGGAGCCACCCAUUACCCUUAAUAGCAGCUCUGCACCAGGACCUUACACUGCAGAACCUUUGAAUGAACCACACAAAAAGAAAUAUGCCAAAGAAGCCUGGCCUGGGAAGAAGCCUGCAUCCUCACUGCUCAUAUAGCAGGCUCUCAGGUGAAGUAUGGGACCUUCUGACAGCCAUAUUUCAUGUUCACUCUGUUGGAAUCACAAGCUGAGAACAGUGGUUCCAAAGUUACAACUGAGCCAUCACAACAGGAUAAAAUCAUUUCUGUGCUUAUUCCAUGGACAUUUUUAUUACAUUGAUUCUAUCACCUAUCACUGAUCUACUCUACUCUACUUUCGGCUGCACCGCCCUGUCAGUCACUUUCAGCUGUUCCCGUUAGUCGCCACAGUGAAAUUUGGCACCUGUUUUAUGCCAGAUACCCUUCCCGACGCAACCCUGAAUCGAACCCGGGCUGCAGUGGCGAGAGUGCUGAAUCCCAGCCAUUAGUCCAUCAGAGACCCCCAGUUAUCACUGAUGGUUUAUACAUUAAUUUUGUUUCAGUAAUCCAGUUAAACCUUAUAUCUAUUUUGUUUUCAGACAAUAUUAGUUUGAUAAUUAGCAUGUUUUAUCAAUUAAGGAACACUUUCAUUUUCAGACCAUGCUCCUCAGAUUUCAUCAGAGCAUGAUAAAACCACAAGUGCUUUAGAUAUUAUCAUCUGAUUUACACGUUUAGCUAAAGUUAAUUAGCUAUAAAAUAUCUUGUUGGAGCCAGUGGAAGCUGUAGAUGUAUACAGUACAAUAACCUGUUGUACUGUUAAACGCACUGUUUAAUAUAUCAUUUAAUAUCCUGAAGCUGAAUGUAGUAUUGUCCAUAGUUUUGCCAAGAACAUCUUCAUAGGAUUGUAUUUUUCUUCACUACCUGUUGUUGUACCCGGUACUUUUUACCAUACUGACUCUGAGAGACGAGG